AUGGCUACUCAGAUGGCUUCGGUUACCAACUCCGCUUCAGCUCGUCAGCCAGCUGCAGCCUCUGGCUCCGGCGGGAGAAAUCCAGACCGGAACAAUGGCGACCGGCGCGGCCCUGGCGAGGGCAAGGUGAUGAAGGCAAAGAAGAAGGGCCAGUGGUGUGUUUUCUGUCGACGCUGGGGUCACGACGCUGCGAAGUGUCGUGUUGGUGCCCGCGUCCUGGCCGCCGCGGCUGCGGUGUUACAGAUCCAGGGCCAUCUUCCCCCUCCUCCUCCUCCUCCUCCCCGUUCUCCUCCCCAUCCUCGUGGCCGGCAGAAUCGUCCUCGCAUGGAGGGCCCAAACAGCCGGGAGCGUCGUGAAGAACGACGCCGGCUGCAGCGCCUGCAACAGCAAAUGCAGGAGGAGGCUCAGCUGCACCAAGUACAAGGCCAGGAGGAUGAACGGGAGCAACGAGUCGAUUCGCCUCAGGGCGAAGAGAAGGACACUACUCGUGGAGCCGAUCACCAAAGUGUCCUCAUUCCCUUGACGGCACUGAAGAAGUGUCCUCAUUCCCUGACGGCACUGAAGAAGUGUCCUCAUUCCCUGACGGCACUGGAGAAGUGUCCUCAUUCGCUGCUGACGACACUGGAGAAGUGUCCUCAUUUCCUUGACGGCACUGAAGAAGUGUCCUCAUUCCCUGACGGCACUGAAGAAGUGUCCUCAUUCCCUGACGGCACUGGAGAAGUGUCCUCAUUCGCUGGACGGCACUGA